ACUAUCAGACGACCGUCAGUUCCACAAUGUCCAGGUAUCGGAAGGGUGGCAAGAACAGGAGGCAACUACAACAAGAUCGACCGGCGUCCGUGCACCGUCAACAGUCAUUGGGCCGUUUGCAGUACUGGUACAACCACAAACCGGUAGUGACUGUCGAUCAGUUGCACAAGUAUCGGCGGAAGGAGUUUGGGACCGGACCUGACGGGGUUGUCGCGCCGCCACCGCAGCCUCCGAUCAGCUUAUCGGCCAGCCCGUCAUUUGACACCGAAUACAGGUGCCAUUUUGAACCACCGUACCGGACGGCUGAGGAAAUGAGCGUCAAUAGGCGGCACGCAGCAGUGCCCAAAGACGAGCUGCAGGUGGAGGGUGAUGCUGAAUUCAGCGCUGAGUACGCCGAACGGUACCAAGACGGUCCCAGAGAGCGGAAUGUGGCUGCCCGGCAGGGAAGUCACAUUGGGCCGUUUGUGUGCGCAGACGACCCCGCACCGGAAGGCGUCGGCGCCCGGUCCGAGCAGCACGACCAGUAUGUGCCACAUCCGGACGGUCGGCGGGCAGACAACCUGCGACCGGGUACUGGGCUGAAGGUGGACGAGGGGCUUAUGGAUGGCGAGACCGAGCAAAUGGCCAACUAUCGCAAGUAUCCGGUUACCCCGCAUCCGGACGUCACCGAACAAGACCAGAACGAAGAAACCACGCCGAAGAAGUCAAGUAGUCCAACCACAAGACGGCAGCCGUUCGAUGAGAGUAUGAAGGAAAUGAUCAUGACCCGGGACAGCGGCAUGCUGCUUCGGCCCGCGCGGUUUAUCGCCGUCGCCGGUGGACAGCCCCGAACCGAACGUCCCAGACGCAUUGUAAAAAGACCGGAGUUUCGUCUGGAAGUAGUGGACUGCACAACUAGUGGCGAUGCAAAGAAGGUCGAUCGGACGGACGCGUUCGUGGUGCUGCUGGAUAACGACGAUUUGCCACUGCCGUCAGGAAAUUUCGUCAAUGGCGGAAAUAGGUGGGUGAAGAGGAGACAACGUAAAAUGGGCACUGUGCGGUUUUUCGAUAACAGACUAGCUCGUUUUCCGGACACUGACACUGGAAAAACUAUACAGUAGUCGCGACGACCAUAAUUUACAACACCUAUUUAAACUUAAACCUUUGUCCGCGUCCGUUCACCCGAGAGAUCCACGUGCACGUCCAUUGAAUAAUAUAUUUUUGCAAAUACCUAUAGACGCAGCUCAUUAUUAAAAUGUCCAAUUGUAUUAUUACGUUAAUCGUAUAAUGUUGUAAUGAUGUACAACAAUGCACCGAUGUCGAAUCGCACACGAAAUCAUUUACUGUCAUUCCAGGUUUAUGUAAUAUAGCUAACAGACUUACAGGCGUUAGUACACUUUGAUUUUAUAUCGAUUUCUCCAGUAUUUUGUUUUUUAAAUAAAAGUCUGCCAAAAACCA